CACAGCGACAGAACCGGACGGGGCGAGGCGGCGUCUGUCAUCGCUAUGGGAAUGAACCACAUCGUGGUGUGUGAACCGAGACCUCAGCCCGCUCCCCCCGGAGACUAUAAAACACUUCCGCUGCUGCCACUGCUGCUGAGCCCCGCUCAGCUCUUCUCCGGCGGACCGGGGAGGAUGAUGAUGGCCAGGACAAACAUCUAGACAUGAGAAGUUUCACUCCAGCAGACAACUGGGACCUGGACGUUUGCUCGAGCCUCCUCGGUGUUUCCUAAACCAGGAUGGUGUCUGCUGCCCUGCGCGUGUCCGCAGUGCUCUUAUGCACAGUUGUGGCUGUUGUCCCAGCCCGCGUCUUAACAACAACCAGCACAGAUGACCAGCCCCUCCUCUCUGCGCGCCACUAUCAGCACACUAACCGAGCCUUGGGCACCCAGCUGGUCUGUGACAAGUGCCCGGCAGGCACCUACGUGUCUGUCCACUGCUCUCCUACAGCUGUGAGAGAAUGCAGCCCCUGCCCCAAGGGCACCUUCACGCGAGGAGAGAACGGAGUCCAGCAAUGCCACCACUGCCAAGCUCCAUGUCCCGUGGGCCUUAUUGAGAAAAAGCCCUGUACGUCCACCCAGGAUCGUGUCUGCACUUGCCCACCCAACAGCUUCCUAUCAAGGGAUGGAGUUCCACAGUGUGUGCCACACUCACGGUGUCCUCCAGGUACCAGGGUGAAGAAGCGUGGCAGUGAGACAGAAGACACUCUCUGUAAGCCAUGCACUAAGGGAACAUUUUCAGAUGUAGAGUCCAUGACAAUGAGGUGCCAAAUUCACAGCAACUGCCAGGCCCGGGGUAUGGUUCUACUUACACCAGGGACGAGAGAGACUGAUAAUGUCUGUGGACACCCCAUUACCACCCUGCCAUCCCUGUUUAGUCCACUGGAUUCUAAACAGGCCACAUUUGUUCAGGAAUCCAUGAACACCUCCAUUCCCCCAUUGCUAACUGAAAAUAAAGCCAUUCAACUGAGGGAAACGGCACACAGGGAAGACGACAAAUCCGAUGAGCUACUCCUUGGCCUAUCCUCCGCACUCAGACAUGGGCUGCCACGGACUCCCCUUACUACAGCCCAUAUUCAAUCAAAACAAGGGGUCAACAAGCAUGCAAUGGAGAGUUUGCAGGGUCCUGAGGUUGUCAGGGUUGGAGCAGGAAUCAACAUAGUAGUGAACCAGGGAAGUGGAAUUGGAGACUCCACCUACUACAGACCCAAUCGCAGGGGUUCGCCAAGGCCAAGCACCCAUGAACACUUUGACAUUAAUGAGCACCUACCCUGGAUGAUAGUCCUGCUUCUCCUACUCGUUCUGGUUGUCAUUGUGGUGUGCAGCGUUAAACGGAGCUCUCGGGUGUUGAAGAAGGGUCCAGUGCAGGACCCCAGUAGCAUAAUGGAGAAUUCCAUUCAGAAGAAACCAUCUGCACCUCUGACACAGGUCAGAGAGAAGUGGAUCUACUACUCCAACGGACAGGGGGUGGAUAUCCUGAAGCUGGUGGCAGCCCAGGUUGGAGCUCAGUGGAUUGACAUUUAUCAGUCUCUGGCUAACGCCACAGAGCGGGAGGUGGCCGCCUUUGCAAAUGGGUACUCAUCAGAUCACGAGCGGGCGUACGCCGCUCUGCAGCAUUGGACCAUCCGAGACUCCGACGCCAACCUAGCCAAGGUGAUCAACGCGCUGCACCGACAGCGCCGCACCGACGUGGUGGAGAAGCUCCGAUGUGUGAUGGAGGACAAGCCACAGUUUGACAUCAACCAGCUGAUGACCUUAGUGAAUGUCAGCCAAAGCCUCAGUCCCGUCCAUAAGCUGCUGGAGUCUCCCAGCAGUACAGGCAGCAUCAGCGGGAGCAUCAGGCAGGCCAGCGGUGUUUGCACGGCCCUGUCGCCGGUGGACCGCACUAAAGGCUUCUUUUUUGACGAAUCAGAACCUCUCCUUCGCUGUGACUCCACAUCCAGCAAAGAAUCCGCCCUCAGCAGGAAUGGCUCCUUUAUUACCAAAGAGAAAAAGGACACAGUUCUCCGACAGGUUCGUCUGGAUCCGUGUGACCUGCAGCCCGUUUUUGAUGACAUGCUGCACAUCCUGAACCCAGAAGAGCUACAUGUUCUUGAGGAGAUCCCAGCAGCAGAAGACCGGCUGGACCAGCUUUUUGAGAUCGCAGGAGUCAAAAGUCAGGAAGCCAGUCAGAUACUGUUAGACUCCGUCUACAGCCACCUGCCUGAUCUGCUAUAGUAGGGUAGAGAUGUAGAAAUCAACGCUGACAUUAGACAAGGUUAGGUUUGGGAGAAGGAAGACUCAGAUGUAGAAUUGCUGAGAUUUAGCUUGUGUUGGUUUUCCAAAUCGGGACCAAAUCAAAUGACCUGCGGCCUCAUUUAUGAAACCUUUUGCAGAAUUCUCCCUAAUAGUCUACGUAAAGCUGGAGUUCAUUAUUAAAGUAACUUCAGAAAGCCUGGGAUUCGACUACCUGACCCUGUUCCACAAUAGUGUAGGGAACCUGUAAGCCCCUCCCCUCAUCUACAGCAGAGCCAAUCAUCACGCGACCCUAGAGAGUUGACCAAUAGAAAUAUGAUUCCACAAGAGGGAGCUGUCAAUCAAUGAGAUUGUGCCUCAGUUCCCAGCAUGCACCACGGGGUGAUGCAGACUCCUUAGUCAACAUAGCACACUUACCUAGCUUGAAUACUAACUCAACUUGUGUUAAAUUAAUUUGGGUUUGUUAACUUCUAACUAACUGGAAGAAGCUAGCCUAACAAGCCAGACUAAAUAAAUGUAUUAUUUAGUCUGGCCAUGCUCCAUUGACGGCUCUCGGUUGUGGGGCGGGUUCUACCGUUGUCUUUCUAAUGAUCUCCGCAUUCCACUGGACGAUGAAUGCGACAUACUCUUGUUUCACUCUGUUGCAUCAUCCCACCCACCAGGCAUAUAGAGUGCCCUGAUUGGCCCACAAAGCAGAUAAAGCUCUGUGAUUUGUUCACUAAGCAGAUAGAGCACUAUGAUUGGCCCACCAUUAUGGACCAAUCACAGCUCUUUAUGUGUUUGAAACCCCUCUAGAGAGCUGUGAUUGGCCAGCCAGAAUGCUGUUGGGGCUGCAGAGGUUCCAGUGGAGCAUUCCUAGACCAAACUUUGCAAAGCAAGAAUUUGGUCUAGUUCACUAGGCUAGGAAGAAGCGGGAGGGGAACGAAAAGGAGCAAAGUGAUUAGCAUAGCCUUCAUCCUUACGCUAUUGGACUUUUGUUUUAGCCUGGUGUAGCUUCAGGAGGGGUGUGCUAGCAUCACGAAUGCCACAUUUCUGCCAUUUUUAGAUGUUUUCCAGCUUGAAUACUGCAGUUUUGAUUAAAAGGAGUGUUUAGCAGCUCCUGCAGAACUCGAUAAAGGCUGAGGAGAUAACUCAUUAGUUAGAACCAGGUUUGUCAGACCAGGAACACCUCAAUAAGUUAUUUAUCAGUUAGCACUACAAUGCUAUUUCUGUGCAUGUGCACGUUAGGAGGCGUGGCUUUCAGCUCCUCCCAGAAGGGGAGAGAUAGCGGGUCCCUAGAACCUCCCAAUCCAGAUCCUGCUAUGAAGCAUAAGGCAUGAGUUUAAGGGCUGUACUCCACAAUCAUACUGAUCCCCAUCAUGUGCAUGAGAGCACUUUACGGCAGUUAGCUGUCAGUCUAUGGUUUGGUUUCUGCAGAAGGUGCCUUGUGCACCUGUGAGUGGAAUUGUUACAUAGCUAUAAUGCUGCCAACAUUCCCGUCUCUGCAGUGUGCUCAUGCCAGGGUUGCAGGUUGCUGAAAGUUGUGCACAUUUUCUUCUCACAUUUUUUAUGAAAUCAAAAGGUUUGUGUAGAAAAUGACUUCAAACGUCGGGCCUCGUUUUGUGUGUAACCAACAUUUAUGAAUGGUUGCUGGUCUUCACACGUUUGCUGUGUGAGAUGUGUGAGAACAGCGGAAGUGUAGCCCAGGACACGGUACAUUUAAAAAUUCCUUCGACAUCACAAAGUCUCCAGAAGUCUCCUGUUCGACCAUCUUGUGGUUCUGAAAAAGUUCUGGUCCACUCUUUUCAACAACAUUGCUUCAGUUCAUCAAGGUUUUUGCUCAACUCUCUGAAGGUCCCACCACAGUCAGGUUCAGGUCUGGACUGGACCAUCACAGAACCUUGAUUCUUUUCUUUUCCAGUGGUUCUGUUGUAGAUCUGCUGCUGUGUUUGGACCAUGGUUCUGGUUUAUGACCCAGUUUGGCCCAAACUCCAAAUGUCUUGACAGAUGGACUCACAUUACACUCUAGAAAACUUUGGUCUACAGAGAAGUUCAUGGUGGACUUGGUGACUGAAAGGAGCCCACACCAUCAGCCACCACCACCGUGCUGACAGCUGGGAUCAGCUGUUUGCUGCUGGGUUUUAGGGGUAAACGUGUCUUUUUCCUGCUUGCUACUUUCCCUCUCCUACAGAAGCAGCAAAUACUUCACAGCAUUUAAAUCUUUGCUUAACCCUCUCAGGCUCAAAAUACAUUUUGACAAAAGGACGAACAACUAAGUCCUUCAGCGGUACUUCUGAGUUGAAAAAAGCUCAUGUAAUACGUAUGUGGAGUAACUAGGUAGGUAGGUUUUAACGUUGCAAAUCUACAACGCCUGCCUCCAGAGGGUUGAUGUUAGUCCAACACCAUUAUGUGUUUCUGUACCCUUCAGAGUUGAUUUGAAUCAUCUGAAUUACCUGAAAUGUAAAAUUAUAAAACUGAAAAAGGUUCUAUUUCCAUUUCUGCUGUGUCACAUGGUUCCAGCAUGCUGUUUUCUCUGUCUGCUUCUUCCUAGUCUUCAGUCACAUCUUCUGCUGCACACCUGCUCUGAUCUUGGGUUCAUAGGGAGCCUAAGUCCUGCCCACCUUCUUCUGGACCAUGGGUCCCCUACUGUAAAACGAAUGAAUGGGAGUCUAUGAGAGGAUAAAUGUUAUUUUCUGGUCCUGUUUAAUAUGCAUCAUUGAUUUCACAUAUGAUGUCUGUGAAUUUUAAAAGACAAUUUGAUGCCAAGAAAGAGCGUUUUUUCAAAAGGCAACAAAAGUUAUUUUAGGUUUUGUGUGAAAAUACGUAUAAAACUACAAAUGUGUCUCACCAAAUUGACGUAAUUGAACCAGACAUGGAGUAAAGCAGAAAAAUGGCUGCAAGUUUAGUGAGAUUCACAUCCUUCCUCCAGGACGACAGCAGGAGCAUUAAACGUGGAGAAAACCACCAUAAAUCUGGUCAUGUGGUGAGCAGCAGCUACCCUGGGGAGAGGAAAUCCUGCUGUGAUGUCAUAAAUGACACGUCUGAUUUAUAUUUGUGUUAAUUGUCACAUAACUUGAAAUUUGUUAACAAAAUUGAUAGACAGUCGAAACACAAUAUCAUUUAGAACGAUAGAACAAGAAGUGAAUAGCUCUUAUUGCUCCAUUCAGGGACCCGUGAGCCAACCGCAAGGGAGGAGGAUUAGGACGUUUGGUAUCCUUCUUAGCAAUACAGAUGUCUCUGAGCGCGUGGGCGUGGCAAAAGACGAGCAGAGAAGUCUGUAGUGUCCUGAAGUUAGUAAACAAAGGCGGCCAUUCUGAAGCACACAGCUUCCUGCUGCCUCACCGAUACUGCUGUGUGCUCCUCACAGCAGUCUGUCGUCGCUGGAGCUGCAGAGUAGAUGUUUACCCCACAGCAUCCAGACUGGUAAUAGGAGAAGCCGCUGCUGGCUGAUUCUACCCUCCAAUCAGAGGCUCUCUACAGGUCGAGUCAAUCAGUCAAUAGUGGGUGUGUUGGGUCGGCUUCACAUGAAGCAAACCUCAAGGGAGCAGGUCUAAAGAAAAAAGUCCAUUGAACUCAGAAAGCACACAGGUUACCCAGAUGUGACACAAUAUACUCACCAAGGCUGGGCUGGGCUGACCCAGAUGUGAAAGCCGUAUUCAGUUCCCAAUUCCUUCACUUUUCCUCUGGAAUACAGGGGCGACAGCACGUGGUACAGAGGAAGUUUGGUAACUCUGAGGAUUAGAGUUGAAUGUAAAAGGGGGCUCUUAAUGCAUCGACUCCUCACAAAUAGCACUUUAACGGUGAAUGCCUUCUUAUUUUAAGGAAAAUACCAUUUAGUUUGUUAUUUUCUGAAAACCAUUUGGGCUGAUUCUGCUUCUGUUAUUACUUCUCUGUAGAUGUUUAAAAGCAGCAAAGGCAUUGGUUAAUGCAGUGGUAAAUAAGCUAUAACUAACACUGGGAUUAUUCUUCAACCAGGGCUCUUGUGAAUCACAUUCUCUUAUAUUUGACCAGGUGUGUGUAGACUUGUUGAUCAUGUGCUUCAGCGGUUGUUCCACAAAAAUAAACAAUCAAUGAUGAACAAGA